AUGGGCAGUGAAGGAUUACAAAGACAAGAUAAAAUAGUGAAGAUGCUUAUACUAUUAUUAGUGUAUUUGUUGAGUAAAGUAAUUUGUGAGACGGGGGAUUGUAGAGAGCAAGAGUUCAGGGACCAUGCUGGAAACUGUAUCCUCUGCAAACAGUGUGGACCUGGAAUGGAGCUGUCAAAGGAAUGCGGCUUUGGAUAUGGGGAGGAUGCACAGUGCAUGACAUGCAGGCUAAACAGAUUCAAGGAGGACUGGGGAUUUCAGAAGUGCAAACCUUGUCUGGACUGUGCAGUAGUUAACCGGUUUCAGAAGUCCAACUGUUCUGCCACCAGCAAUGCAGUGUGUGGGGACUGCUUACCAGGAUUUUACAGGAAGACGAAGCUUGGCGGCUUUCAAGACAUGGAGUGUGUUCCUUGUGGAGAUCCCCCUCCUCCCUAUGAACCUCACUGUACUAUCAAAGUGAAUCUUGUGAAGAUCCCAUCAACUGCUUCCAGUCCUCGGGAUACUGCUCUAGCAGCUGUUAUAUGCAGUGCACUGGCCACAGUGCUCUUAGCUCUUCUCAUCCUCUGUGUUAUUUACUGUAAGAGACAGUUUAUGGAGAAGAAGCAAAGCUGGUCUAUGAGAUCACAGGAUAUUCAUUACAAUGGUUCUGAACUGUCGUGUUUUGAUAGACCCCGGCUUAAUGAAUAUGCUCACAGAACAUGUUGUCAGUGUCAACGAGAUGCAUCACAGACAUGUGGCCCAGUUCAUUUGAUUCCAUCACUGUGCUGUGACGAGACCUGCAGCAUGGAGCACAGCAGUCACAGCUGCACUUUCCACUCUCACACUACACUUUAUGAAAGGACUUUAAAUUCGGUCGGAGAAAUGAUUCCUGCAUUCCUCGGUUCUCUUUCACACUCUGCCUGUGGAGACCUUUCAGAUGCUUGGCCUCUUAUGCAAAACCCUGCUUGUUGCGACAGCAUCUCUUUCUGUGAAUCUUAUCCAGAACUGACUGGAAGAGAUAUCACUUCCUUCAAUCCAGAGACUGAAAACACGGCCAAUAUAGAUUCAGAUAAUGACCAGGAUCUAAGUGAUGUACUUAUUUCAGCUAAGUCUGCUGGAAGCUUUGCAGAAUCCACUGAACUUUCCAAACAGAGCAUAUGUGUGGAUGCUUCAUUAGUUCAGAACUCAUCAGCUGCUGAAAACCUGCCAAUGUCAGAGUGUGAUGAAACAGUUAAUCAUCCCACAGACUGA